UCCCAGUAUCAUAAAUCUAAUCCAUCGGAUACGUAUCCAAAAGCUUACUGCCCUGUGCAGAGCCGGCUCUCACAGGACGGUCUGUGGUAGGCUAAGGGCAUGUGACGUGUAUGGGUCAUUGCAGCCAGCACUACACGGGACGGCGCUAGCCAGCUUUUCAAGGUCUUCAAAACAAAAUGGUGACAACCACGCAACAACUGAAGAUUUCUGAUGCCCAGGUUGAAACGCUGAAGCGACAAAUGGCACAUUCCAAGCUGGUCAUAUCGGAAAUCUCACAACUACCAGAUGAUGUUAGAGUCUUCGAGGGAGUUGGCAGAAUGUUUCUCUUGCAACCUAAUGCAGAAAUUAAGACAAACCUAGACAAAAAGAUCAAAGCAUCGGAUGAAAAAAUCAAGUCAAUUGAGACAACAAAAGUUUAUCUAGAGAAGAGCUUACGAGAGAGUGAGAACAAUUUGCGAGAGCUGGUUUUAUCCAAGCAGCAAGGAAGAUAGCCAUGUUGGCGUGUGUUUAGAGACUUUCUUUUACCUGUUUGUGAACUUGUCAAUUGGUUGUCUUUGUUCGUUUGCUAUGUUUGUAAAUAAAAAUGCAUACGUUGAACACCAGAUUCCUGCAAAAUAGUCUUGUUUUAUACAUUAAUUUAAUCCAUGUUAGAUUUAAGAUAUUACAUAUGGGGUGGGAUGCAAGUUGAUGGAAGAGCACUUGCCAGAAGAAUGAUGGGUUUUAGAAUUGGUCACCUGUGAUCAGACCUGUCAACCCUCCCUGAUUCCAUGCAAGACUCCAGGUAUUUGAAAUUCAAGCUACUGUGGCUGUGUAUGGUUUCAGAUUACCCCCCCCCCCCCCCUCUUUUCCAGUCCAGUGUCCCAUUGAUUUAUAGUACAUGUAUGGCCUUCCCUGUCUAGGAGGAGGUAUUGUUGUUGGGUUUUUUUGUUGUUUUUUUUGGUGUAUGAUCUCAUCAAGGACCACAUUUUUGGUUUGGGGGGAUUAUAAAAAAUCUGAAUAACCAUGUUAGACACCAAGUAGCCAAAGUUCAAAAUUACCUGAGAUGUCAUUAAACAAACAUUUGUUUCCUUUGAAGGUCUUUAACUCGAAUGUUGACUACUUUGCAUAUUGCAUUAUAGCAAUUCAAUACAUAAUGUAGGGCUAUGAAAACAGAAAUAGUUGUGUUGUACACAGUUUGAAAGCGAAUAGCAUGGGUCAUUAACUUCACAGUCUGUGUUUUAUGUGGAGCAGGAUUUAUAAACGUCCAGGAAGGUUUCUGUUACCGAAACUUCAAAUCAAAUGUGAAUCUACAUUUAAAAUUAUGGGAGCUCGGUGAAAAAUGUCAGCCUGGUUAAGAGAAUCAAAAAGCUGUAAAAGACUGAGUCUCUUUUUAUGCGUUUUAGAUACCCUGAGAUAUUUACCCUUAUCCCCAAUGUAUGUGUGGCAGUGUAUGCUGGCCCAUCUCGGUUUUAUUUUCAGGCACGCCAUUGCUCGAAUCAUGGACAAGGGUGUAGGCAGGUCAUUUAUUAUUCUUAAAGUCGAGGAAACAAACUUCUUUCUUCUCCAACUCUGCACUGCAAAAUAAUAAUUGUAUUUGUGUAUCAUGCUAUAAGCAUUAAAAUAUCUAUA